AAAUCAGUCUUCUUCUUUUCUUUCUUUGCCUUAUCCUCUGUUUGUUUUAGAAAGGAUGUUUCUUAAUUUUGACUUUCCCUUUUAUUACAUGUCUUCCAUGUCUCUAUCUAUGUCUGAAAAUCUUUAAAAGUUUAGCAAGAACCUCCACUAGUUUAUCCUUUUUGUUGCUCUUUGGAUUUGCUUCGCUUCUUCAUAAAAAUAUCACUUUCCUUUUCAAUAUAUAUAAAAACUAAUAAGCAUACUUCAGCAAUCCAGCAAUUGUUCCAGUUUUGGGAACAUGCAAAAGUUCGAACUUUUCAGCCACUGUUACUCUCUUACCAGGGUUUGAUUAAGAAGAAGUUAGGGUUUGGUGUAAAAUGUUGGUUUUAAGCAUGAAUUCCAAACGGCAAAGGCGGCCUAAUGUUAGGUUAGGGGAAAUAGGGGAUGCGUCUGCUGCUUUUGCAUGUGGAUUUUCUCAAAAAACUAAGGAAAAUUUAGUACAUAAAAGAUGGAAACCUGAUUUUCUCAACUCUCAAGUGAAUGAACCUGUUACUGUUGAUGAGUUUUCUAAAGGGAAAUCACCAGAUUUCUUGAAUUUGGACCCCGGUUUUUUGCCGGCCGAUUUGCAACAGAACAGAGAGAAUAAGAACCCCAAUUCUUCAAAAUUGGGUUUUGAUUUGGUUACUGCUGAUGAAAUUGACAUGAUGAAGUCUAGUAUAAAUUUUGGUACCAUAACAAGGAAGAGUAGGGUCAUGAAACGGCGAGGGCGGAUUCGAGAAGGCAACAAUUCCGCGUUUCUUUGCAGUGCUUGGACUCAGAGUCCUAAAUUUAGCCCUGAAUUUAGUGGUGAGGAUAGAAAGGAGCACGACGAUGAGGAGAAAGAGUUUAUGGGGAUCGAAUCGAAUGCUUGCAUAGAUUCGCAGUACCUAUCAGACCAUGAUGCGGAUGAACCUGAUAGUUGGCAACAAGGAAAUGCUGAUGAUUGUUAUGAAGAUAAUGCGUUGCUUAGAUCCGGUGAUGAAUGGGACCAAACGAGAUAUGCGUGUAAUGAUGUUACCGGUGUCCGAACGUGGUUGGAGGACUUGGGAUUCGGUAGGUAUGCUGGUAUUUUCGAAAUGCAUGAGGUUGAUCAAGAAACUCUGCCUUUGCUUACACUAGAUGAUCUCAAGGAGAUGGGUGUGUUUGCUGUUGGACAUCGACGGAAGUUGUACACCGCAAUACAACAAUUAAGAGGGGGCAACGCUUCUUCGUGAAAACUCUUCGAAUAAAUUGCACAUGAUUCAGUUUAAAUAAUCUUCAUAUCGUGAUCGACUUAUAAGCUGGUGAUACAAGUCAACGUUACUUGGCAGUUGGCAUCGAGUCAUGCAAAGCUUAGGUAUGAACUUUUUGUCUAAUGCUAGUGAACGUUUUUCAUGAGCUUUACAUCUGACAUUGAACUGCUCAUUGAAUUUUUUUUCUUACUCUAACUUAGAAGUACUUGAGAAAUCCCGUUUACUUAGAAUUAAGGAUAAAAACCGUGUCUGCGUGGCUUUUUGCCGUUUUCCCGUUCUUUUAAGUGUUGAGAAACAUGUAUAUCCUGAUGAAAAUAAGUCAUAGAAUGAUUUGAGUAUACUUAGGAAUUGUCUUAAUAGAUGUCCGUGUUGUUGUUUUAGCAUGAAACAAGCUCUUUUAUGUACUAUAUUGUGAUGUCGAUAUGGAAGUACGUGAUCCAAAAUGUUAAUGUAUAUCAAAGAAUGUACAUGAAAAUGUUAUAUGUCAUGUUGGUGGUGCCUCAAAUUUAGCUAAUGCAUGCUUCUCCGUGGUUUUUCUUUGUUCAAUAGAGCUGAUUCGGAGAAAUGCUCCACUUUCAGUAGGUAUUGCCUUGCUUCAUUUUUCUUUAAGUAAACACUUCAAUACUUGUAUCUGAUGCAUGUCUGAAUAUGGGUUAUGACCUCCGAUCACCGAUGGCUCCAAAUGAAUGGGAUAAACUUGAAUAUAAUCGUGUUGGACACAUGCCAAUAUCCAACACAAGUACGUUCGAGUAACAUAGGUAUUGCACUUGUUUUUAUGGUUGUUGAACAUUGAAACUUAGAUGAAGUUUCUCUUGAUCUGCAAUGGAAAUGAAAUGGCCCUUUUUCUUCUGCAGAUUGUUCUAUGUUAGUUUCUUGUAAUAUUCAGUAUUUGAACUUAUAAACUUUUUCCAUUUUUGUCUCUAA